AUGCAUCAAGUCUACCAUAUUUAUAUCUCAGGUAAUAAACUGUUUGAAUAUGAACAAGAAUGGAGAAAAAUUAAAGGUGUAUUUACGGACAUCUCAAGUAUUUCGAAUACACUCAGAAGAAAUAUUCAUCAAUAUGAACAAAAUACAGAGUCUAUUAGUGUUAUACCGACUGACAUUAAUGAUAAUCUAAAUGAACUCGAUUCAUCAUUUAUGUAUUCACAAUUAUUAAAAGAAAUGCUUCUUGAAAUUAAAUACGACCAACAAGCAAAAGCACAAUUUGUUAAAUUCUGCCAAGAUAAAUAUUCUCAUAGCGUUGGAAUAUUGCAUGCCAUUGAUAAUUUUGAACAGAAUUAUUACUUGCACUCACCAAUCUGGUGGUAUACGAAAGAACCGUUCAUCUAUUUAGUACUUAAUAGAGCAUUGAGAUUGCAAAAUAUUGAUGUUAUACUUAAAAUGGGAUUUUUCAUACAAGAUCUUCAUCGACAAAUUGAACAAUUAUAUUCGAAAAAAAAUCAGACGGCAGACUUGACUCUCUAUCGUGGUCAAGGUAUGUCAAAUACUGAAUUUGAAAAAUUGAAGAAGAACGAAGGUGGUCUUCUUGCAUUUAAUAAUUUCUUAUCAACAAGUUAUGAUGAAGAAGUCUCUAUUGCUUUUGCUACAAGUGCAUCAGAUGAUCCAGAAUUAAUAGGAAUUCUCUUUCGAAUACAAGUUAGUCCGUUAGUUGCAUCUGCUCCAUUUGCGUCAUUGGAUAGUAUCAGCUACUAUUCAGAUUCAGAAAAAGAAACUCUUUUCUGUAUGCACACUAUAUUUCGAAUUAGUUAUAUAAAGCAAAUUCAAAAUCGAAUCUGGCAAGUGCAAUUGGCACUAACUAGUGAUCAUGAUGAACAACUUCAGCGUCUUACUGAACGUAUACGAUAUGAAACUCGAGGACAAGUAGGAAACUAUAGAUUGGGCACAUUAAUGAUCAAGAUGGGUGAUUUUCAAAAAGCUGAAUUAUUUUUUAAAACACUCAUCGAACAAACAUCUGAUAAUAACUGGGAGCUUCUUUCUCAUCUCUAUAAUCAAAUGGGAUUCGUAUAUAAAAGCAUAGGCAACUAUCCUAAUGCUCUUGCUUAUUUGGAUAAGGCACUUCAUGCUAAAUUACAAUAUCUUUCACCGAAUCAUCUUGACUGUGCUACAACAUAUAGUAAUAUUGCUACGGUGUACGAAGUGAUGGGAAAUUACUCAACAGCUUUGUCGUAUUUUCAAAAGACACUUGAGAUUCAAGAAAAAUCUUUACCAUCCAUUCAUUCAGACUUAGGCACAACUUACAAUAAUAUUGGACUAGUGCAUCGUUCGAAUGGAGAUGCUUCAAAUGCAUUAUUAUAUUUUCAAAAGUCACUUGAAAUCCAACAACAAAGUCUUCCACCAUCUCAUCCUGAUUUAGCUUUAACAUAUGGUAACAUAGGAGCUGUAUAUCAAGUUUUGGGCAAAUACUCAACUGCAUUGUCAUAUGUCCAAAGAGCUCUCAAUAUGCAAGAAAAAUCUCUACCGCCUACUCAUCCUCAUUUGGCUAUGACUUACGCCAACAUCGGUAUAAUAUAUGAUGCAAUGGGAGAUUACAAUACUGCUCUUUCAUAUUAUCAAAAAACUCUAAAUAUACACGAAAAGGUUCUUCCGUCUUCUCAUCCUGACCUGGCUGUGAUGUAUGGUAACUUGGCCGGAAUAUAUUAUUCGAUAGAAAAUUAUAUGGCUGCAGUAGAAUACUACAAAAAAUCAAUUAAAAUCCAAGAAAAAAUUGUUCCACAGAAUCAUCCUAGCUUAGCAACUACUUACAAUAAUAUUGGUAGUGUUUAUAAUGCCAUAAAUGAACCAUCAAUAGCUCUUUCAUAUUAUAAGAAAACAUUAGAAAUAGAAGAAAAAUACCUUUCUCCUAUGCAUCCCACUUUAGCCACGACUUACAACAAUAUCGGAAUGGCACACGAUACAAUGAAGGAUUAUGCGACUGCAAUCUCUUACUAUGAACAAGCACUUGAAAUUUAUCUUAAAAAUUAUUCACCAGACCAUCCUGAUUUAGCAGACGUAUAUAACAAUAUUGGUGUAGCAAACUAUCAAAUUGCAGAUCAUGAGACAGCAAUUAAAUUUUGUAAAAAAGCACUCGAAAUACGAGAAAAAUCUCUUCCAGCAACUCAUCCCGAUAUAGCACGUGCUUAUAAUAACAUAGGUGUAAACUAUGGAUUAAUAGGGGAAUAUUCUUCUGCUUUGAUCUAUUUUGAAAAGGCCUUGCAAAUUCUCGAAAAAGCUCUUCCUUUAAAUUAUCUCCUACUAGCAUCAGUUCACUACAGUAUGGCAAAGACAUUUGGAGAUUUCUUUCAAUACUCAGAAGCUAUUGAGCAUACAUUACGAGCCAUCGAUGCAAUAAAUCAAUCAAAAGAACCAAACAGUCCUCAAAAGCAGAAAUAUCAAGAUUAUCUUAACGAACUUCGACAAAAGAUAUGA